GUGUAACCUAUAUUGAAUUAUAUUUUAAGACUUCCGAGUUGUAAAUGUAUACCUAUUGUUGGUAAAGGAGUUCCGUUUCAAAAAUGUCUGCAAAACAAAGAUUUAUAUCUUAUUUCUAUACAUUCACGUAUCACGUUGAAUAUAUAUGUAGUAUCAACAAAUACAUUGCUUUAACGACGCGUUUAGUGGUUGAAGGGCACUAAACUAUGCUCAUUCUAUAAUCAUUCAGAACGGGAUUUCACUCUUAUGGACUAGGAUAUUGGGCGUGUUCAGUGUUCUGUGAUUUGUCCAAGUAUAUAAAGAAUGGAGAAUGUGAAACCAAGUUCACAGAGUCGUCGUCAGAGUUCAAUUGUUGUACUCCAUAAUUUUAAUUGUUAUUCAUCGUCUACUGUAAACAGUGUGACAAUUAUUCGCGAAAAAAUGGCAUCUUCAAUCAAAAUUGAUAAUGGCUUCGCCAUCAAACUUUCAUCUCAUCAACUGUUUCAGAAAAAAAUCUAUUACAGUAACAUUAUGGAUGAAGCAAACCAAGCAAAAUUUACUUACAGCAUAGUGCCCAUCACUACCAAAGAUAAACAUACUGUGGCUGCUUUCCUAAGAAAGUUCUUUUUCCGAGAUGAACCAUUGAACGUGGCGAUACAAUUAUUGGAAGAAACAGAUUCAGCAGCGAAACUUGAGAAUUACUGCAUUAGCUAUUUACAAUAUGGUAUGACAUUUAUGGCAGUAUCUCAAACUGGUGACAUAAUGGGUGUGAUUUUGAACAAUAUAAUGCAUAGAGAUGAUGAAGAAGAAGACGAAGAAGAUGAUGAAACAUGUAAUGACAAUUUGAAGUUUAAGGAUAUUGUGGUUCUCUUAGACAAAAUUAAACGAGAAGCAGACGUGUUUGCCCAAUAUAAAAAUGUAAAUCGUAUAUUGGAAAUAAAAAUCGUUACAGUAAAUGAAGCUUAUAGGGGCCAAGGAGUAUGCAAGGCGCUGAUCGAUAAAACUAAAGAAUAUGCGUUGGAAAUGGGUUGUCAAAUGAUUUACGUUGAGUGCACCAGUCAUUAUUCUGCUAAAGCUGUCGAAAGACUUGGAUUUCAAUGCAUAUAUUCACUGGCUUAUAACGAUUACGUAAACGAACAUGGUGAGAUGGUGUUCAAAACACAAUCACCACAUAGAGGCGCCAAAGUGUUUGUGUUACCUUUGUAAUAAUACCAUUCAAUUUGAACCUCUAUACAGUAGGCCCACCUCCUUUAAAAUGAAAAUAAUAAUCAUUAGUCGUUACCAGUACCGUAUUUUUGUAUAUAAUUUUUGAAUUGUUUAAAAUGUACCAGAUACAUGUUCAACAAAAAAUCAAAAUUUUAAAUUGCGAGUAUAUACAUUAUGUUAUUGUACUUUAUUUAUAAUUGUUGAUUUAUAUGAAAGAUAUUUUAUUGAUUUUGCUUUGUCUGCUGUUAUGUUAUUAUAAAUUUCUUGUUUGAAAUGUAUAAUAUGAUUAUAUCUUUAAAGUUGAUAUAUUUCUAUUUUACACAAAAAUAUUACUAAGCGAAUUAUUAUUAUUAUUAUUAUUAUUAUAUAUAUUUUUUUUGUUAUAUGUAUUAUUAAUAUUAUGAUAUUGUAUAUUUAAUAAAAUAAAUAUUCAAGUUUAAUACCUAUUAAAUAAAUAUUUAAAAUGUUAUCAUUUCAUUAAUAUAUAAUAUUUAGUACGUUUAAUGGAUUUUUAUAAUUUAAUAAUUAAUAAAGACUUAUAUGUUUAUAAAUAUUUAAAAAACCAGCAGAAUAAAAUAUAAAUUUAAAUACGUAUGAAUAUAUUAAAUAAAUGCGGUUUAAUGUCUCUACUGUGUAAUAUAGAUUUCGAAUAAACCGGGCCAUAAAGUAUCCAUAGUUUACAGAAGUA